GGUAAGUGUUGAAUUGUUGAGUUUUUGAAGAUGGAAGAAGAUCUGCAGGAUGAACUAAAAUUUGUGUGUAAGUUGUGUGAUAAAAAGUAUCCAAGUGGUAAGUCACUAGGUGGACAUAUGAGGUCUCAUGUGAUUGCUGCUGCUUCGGUUGGAAAUUCGUCCGAGUCUGAUGAGAAGUUUGCAAGUUUGACGAUCAACGAGAAUGGAAUCGAGAAUGGGAAUGGAAAUAAUAAUAAUCCAAGUACUUAUAAUUAUGGCUUAAGAGAAAACCCUAAAAAGACUUGGAGGGCAGCAGUUGGCAAUUCUUCAUCAAGUUUUCCAUUCACUACAAAUGAGAGAUUUUGUAAGCAUUGUGGAAAAGGGUUUCAAUCUUUAAAAGCUUUGUGCGGUCAUAUGGCUUGCCAUUCUGAAAAAGAUAAGAACUUGAAAGAUUAUGAUCAUUCUUGGACUAGUACUGAUCAUAAUCUUGAUGAUCAUGAUGAGAAGGCGGCCACAACGGAUCAUAGCUAUUCAUAUACUGAUGAUCAGGAGCCUGAGUUUGAAGAUCCGACUCGAGUGACUAGAUCCAAGACUAAGAGGUACAAGAAAAUUCUAGUUAAACCAUACUCUUAUAAUUUCACAUUGGUUAGUAAUACUGAUGAUAUGAAUAAUACUAGUAAUUAUAAUUAUGUGUCAUCUUCUGUUUCUGAGAUUGAUCAUGAGUUUGAUCAAGAAGAAGUUGCUAUGUGUUUGAUGAUGUUGUCAAAGGAUUCCGCCAUUUGGGGUGGUGUUAAUUCAGUUGUGGAAUCAUCAGACAAUAGUUCUUCUGUUUUAGAGACGAAAUCGUCUUCAAUUGAGAUGAAACUAAUUAGUAAGAAGUCUAGUGGUGUGGAUGGUGAAAGCUUUCAACUUGAGAAUGGAAACUAUGGGACUAAGAAGGUGGAAUCUGAUAUUUCGGUUGAGGAGUUGCUUAGAAAUGGUGAUCCAACCAAGAAGAAGUCAAAAGGGGUGUUAAACAAUAGUACCCGAGAGUUGACGUAUGAAGAAAAGCUUGAAAUCAGAAGGAAUUUGUUUAGGGAAUUUGGUUAUAGUGAUUCUUUCAAGAAAAGAACGCGUGAUGAUGAUGAUGAUGCAUAUAAUCCUGAAUUAGAACGCGAGCCAACGGUUAAGAAACGAAACAAGUAUGAAUGCUUAAACUGCAACAAGGUUUUCAGUUCAUUCCAAGGGCUUGGAGGGCAUAGACCAUGUCACAAAAAGAAUAAUAAUGCGUUCGUGCCAAAAAAGCAUACUGCGGAAAACAGUUUAGAAGGUGAAUUUGCUCCAACCAAAAAGCCCAAAUAUGAGAAGAAAAUAAAGAUAAAAAAGAGCAAAGGGCAUGAAUGCCCAAUUUGUUUCAGGAUGUUCAAGUCUGGGCAAGCUUUAGGAGGUCACAAAAGGUCUCACUUCCUUAACGGAUCAAUCAAUCACUUCGCAGCUAUGGAACGUGAGGCUCCAUCAACUUCUGAUAUGAUUGAUCUCAAUCUCCCAGCUCCAGAAGAGGACUAGAAUCAAAAGGCACAAGUCGGUAUAAAGUUCAUGUUGGUUUUUGGAUAUCAUUCAUGAAACGAAUUAGAGAGGUUAGAG